AUGAAGCAUGGUGCCGAGCUAAAAGCUCGCCCAAGUGGACUUGUGUCGUAUGCCAGUGGUACCGUCAAGGACGCCUGCGUCAGUUUCGACGCGUUGCACGCGCGCCUCGCCGCACUGCCGCAUCAGAAGCUCCCCUCGACAUUCUGGCAGGCGCUGCAUCGCCUUCACAUCCUCCUCAAGGCACUGGAACGUGUGUUCACCCUGGAAUAUUGAAUUCUACUCCCGACUGAGCUCAUUAUGCUGACGUAUGAGGUUGUUUCCCACCCACAGCAGCUACAGUAACAGCGUCCUUCACCACCACCGUCCCCUCUACCUCCGCCCCUACUCGCCCUUCCAUUUCCGUGACGGCCGGCCCCACGCCAACACGAUUGGUCGUCCGUAUUCCGGCUGCCACGGCGCCGCAGAUCAAGCGAUCGCGAUCGUAUUCCGAUGACGACGACGAUGAUAGCGACCUGGAAACGGACUCGUCGUCGUCGGGCUCGAGCGCACAACUCUGGACCCCUCCUCGGAGUCGAUCGACGACGGCCAGCAAGUCGGCCCAGUCGAGCGAUGGCAAUGAUGCUCGCAAGAGACCUCGGAUGGUCACCGCGGAGACUACGAACAUGACGUCACCCUUGGUACGCUACCGGGGGUCGACCGUGGAGACAAGCAAGUCACCUCGAGCGCUGGGCCAACCCCGUGCAUCAUCAGGUCGAGUGGACUGGAGAGCGGUUGCGCAACUCGAAACGAUCGCCAACAUUUCGCCAGCGACUCCUGGCGAGCAACUCGCACGCGCACUUCAUUCGUUCGGCGAUCCAGCGUUCCAAAACAAAUUCGGUAGCUUUGUGUGCGACGUCAUCAAUCCGUCGAGGCUUGAACAGUUCUCGGCGGCUCGUGACGACGACUUGACGAGUGUCGGCGGCCAAGCAGGGGAGAGCGGAGGGCGGCCUUCCUUGGAUGCGUGGACAGACCGGGAGCAAGCAGCCAAAUCCGAGUUGAUCCGCCUGUGCAGACGCGUGCACUCGUUGCAAGACAAGGAGAUGAGCAUCCGGUAUCAACGAUGUCUCGAAGGGAUGCGGCUGGUGCAAGUGAUCACUCGGUAUGUCUGGUGCUCAUCCUUCAAGGUUUGCAGCACGUCAUCCGAAAUCUGACCGCGACCGUGUGCUUCGAGGGGCCCUCCACAGACUCAAGAUGACUUCCAAAAGGGUCUGGGGCUACCUACGGAAGGUCGAACCGUCUCUGGCGAACUCGAUGACAGAGAGUGGGUUCGAGGCCAUCUGCAAACGCGGUGCCGCCUUCGCUGUCGCGUGGGCUUUCGGCAAGUCUCUUCCGUGGUCUCACACCACACAUGUUGCCCUAUCCCGUUUCUGACACCUCCUUCGCGACGCACCCCUUCCCUCUCCCUCAUUCGCGCACAGGCUGUCCCUACGUUGCUCUCGUUUUGUUUUUCGUGACAGACGGAUUCACGAUCGACAACACGGUCAGCUUAGGAUCCGCAAUGGAAGGACUGCUCGCCGGCUCGACUCCUCCAACAAAUGGCCGAGCGGGGAACGCCGCGACGAAGAAGUGGUCCACCGAUUGUAUGUUAUGCACCGGUGCUUUAGUUAGCAAUUCUUUCGUCGACUAACUCGAGUACCCACCGAUCGCUGUAGAUGCAUAUUUGCAGAACGGGCUGCGAUACCUUCAGGCCACGGUAUUGACUCUUCGGACCCUCGCUCCGCCGAUCCCCGUCACGUGGCAAGGCGAAGACGUACUCCUCUCUGACGACAGCUACGGGAAGGGGAAGAGCCAACAAACAAUCUACAGUGUCGGAGGUUCUUGCCUGUCGGGCCACUGGGCCGCCAAGAAGCACAUCAGCAACGCGGAUGUCUUGUUUUCCUCGCUUCAAACGGAGAAGAUCGCAAUGAGCUUGGCCGACGCGGCUCGGUGCCUUGGAAAACCAAGGGGAUUGGGAGUGGUCCCACUUGUGAACGAGACCACCGACGACGCCCUUCUGCCAAGAAUAGAAGCGACCGACCUGGGCAUGCAGCUCUUGUCGACCAGUUCAGAUGCGAAUGAGACGAGAAACAAUGGUACCGCGUGAGCCAUCAUGCCAAAGGUCUUGCUCCGUUCCCGGCGUUGCUGCACCCAUCUGACCCACUUGUCGGUCGUCGCAGCAGUACCACCCUUACCAAUAGCACAAGUCGACAAGAUUUCCUUCGAUUUUCGCAAGGCCUUGUUGAUGGAGCUAUCUCGAGCGCACCUUUCGACAACUUUGCGUCGAUCGACGCGGCCAUGGACUGCGUGCGAAGGCUCGACGUUGCGGACCCGGACACGCUCUGCAAAUCUCUCAACAUUGAAGCACUGCAAUGCACUGAUACUACCUCAGGGCCAUCCAGUAAACGAGGUGCCCUCCGCCAGGUUUGCAUGGCGCUGGGCGCGCCCGCCGGGGCCUGGGAGACGGACUCGAAGGCUGCCGAGCUGGGCUCGCACGGCCCCCAACACGGUGCAUCACCCCCGUCCGCUUCGCGCCUUGACAUCGACAUUGAUGGCGAGACCUUGCGACGAGGACAAGAUCGGUUACGGCUGUUGCUUGCUGAAGAGGAAGCAAUGGGCAACAUCGAGGAUAUCUCCACCCUUAGAGACUUUAAGGCGAUGCACGGGAGGUUGGGACGCUCGGGCGGCAAGAAAUUUCGCAUCAAGAGAGAAUUCAUCGAGCAGUGAGUCCGCACCGCCUCGAGCGGUGUUUGACAGGACGCUUUCCUAUGGUUUGCUGACGACGUCGAACUCAUCGCUGGCGAAGGUACGGAGCCAUCAUCCGAGAUCCAGUCAACCCAAAGGAGCCCCUGAUUGUCCUACACCCUGCCAAGGUCUUCCCCGAAGCCGUCAAGCGCUCGGUCGAGAGCUCAAUCCGCGACGACCUUUUCUUUCCGCCGGGCCCAAUGAGGAUGGAGCGUGAGCUUCGCCUCGAGAGAGGGGAACAAGCACAAGCAUCGUGUAUGAUUGGAUUGCAGCUCCGAUACGCUAAGGCGCCGUACGUCAUCAAAUCGGCGAAGGACCUCGGACCAGUGGGCGGCGCCGUCCUUGCUGCGCUUCAUCCCGUCAUCUCGUAUCUUGACGACUCGGUGAGCCACCUUCUCGCAGCAUUCCUGAACGCAAGCGUAUGCUGUGGUGUUGACUCAAUGGACCUGGUGCUGCAUCGACCUAGCUCAAAGCGACGAGUCCCGAAGCGCACGCGACGCUCGAAACAACACAGGCUCUGGCCCGAGCGAACCUGGACAAUGUGCCGAGAUUCCAGGCAAACGUGGCUAUCAACUGGGAGAGCGUCAUGGGAGGUCACAUCGAUCCCGACGUCUCGAAAGCGAUGUGCUCCCUGUUUGUCGGCGGCUCGUUCGACGGCAAGCCAUUCGCGCGAGGUGAACUUUGCUUCCACGAGCUGGGCCUGAUCAUCGAGUGCGGGGACGGGCUGGCAGUGCACUUUCAAUCCAGCCGACUUAUUCAUUCGAGUUUUCCCUUCAGUGGCUCGAGGUACUCGGUCGUGUUCUUCACUAGCCAAGAGUUCGCGAGCAAGGUUGCGGCGGGCCGGUCGGCAGACGCUUGA